CUUCGCGCUGCUCUCUUAGCCAUUGGCGGGCGGUUCGAACGGCAGCGGAUGUGACGACGUGGGCUCCCUACCCGGUGACCGGAAGGAGCCGUUUGAAACGACGGAAGCCGGGCGCGGGCAGAAGUCAAAUAUUCAAUGUAUGCAAAGAUGAAAAGAAAAGUGGCAAAAGGUGGGAGACUGAGGCUUAGUCCUAACGAAGAAACGUUACUUUUGAAAGAAGAAUAUGAAAGACGACGAAGACUAAGGCUUCAGCAGGUUAGAGAGCAGGAGAGGUACAUUGCCGUGCAGAUAAGACAAGAAGUGAAGCAGAGGAGAGAUGAGCAGCUACAUCAGUUGGCAGAGAAACUGAAAGCAGAGUGGUGGAAAGCACAAAAUCAGAAGAUUAAAGCCUUGGAAAAAUUUUAUCUAUCAAGUUUAAGAGCUGUGGGAGAGGGACACAGACAGGCAAAGGAAAAUGAACCUGAUUUGGUGGCUCUGGCAAAGGAAGCAGAGGAAAGGAAACAAAGAGCAGAGAAGAGACAUAAGGAAGCCCUGAAAGAACAGAAAAAUCAAAAAGAAAAAUUGUUGAAAGAGCAAACAUGGCGAACAAAUGCACGUAAGCAUGCAAUGUAUGUCGAAAAAGAGAGAGCUGCCAAAAUUGCAAGCCUGCCACCACCUGUACCCCAUCCUUUUGAGAACUUUGAAGUGAAAAGACUGCCUACGGUGAAAGUCUAUAAUGCUGACAAUUUUUCUGCUACUCAUCACCAUCUUUUGGAACCUUAUGUGGAUAGAGAAAUGGACACCCAUCAGCCAGAUGCUCGGUUAGUAGCUGAAGAGGAAGCAAAGCGGUUGGACGAACUACAAAAAGAGGGAGAGAGAGAGAGGAGAGAACAGCUUGAAAAAGCACAUCUGAGAGGAAGUCAUGCCUUGAAGAUGGUCCAUUUGGCACAAGACCGGGAAAGGCUAAUGAAAGAGCUUGAACAGAUGCAGAAUAUGGACCUGGCACGCAGAAGACAGAUUGUGGCACAGAUGCCACCACAGCUGUUCGAACCUGCAUACAGGCGCAUGGAAAUUAAAGAAGACUGGCAGAGGGAACUGGAGUUUGCCUUUGAAGAUAUGUACAGUGGAGAUAGGAAAAUGAAAGGAGACAUGAUUUUGCGCCUAGAGCCACAGCCUUUGCCAAUUCCCUCUGAUCGGUCUCAAGAUGAGGACUUGGAUAUCUCCCUGGAGCCAGAUUUUGCAUAUGAGACUCAACCAAAAUUGGAUGACGUGACAAAAAAGGAAUCCCAGCACCCUAAUGAACCAGAGAAUCAUGAAGUGAGAGUGGCUCCCCAACCACAAUCAAAACUGGUCUUAAAAAAAUUGCUAAAUAAGAUCCGGAGCCAAAAAGACCAGUGGACUUCAAAAUGUGAAGCAGAGAUUCAAAGUGAAAUUGAGACAAUUGAGUCAGGAACACUUGCUAGUGAAGAGAGACGAUUAUGUGAUUCAGAUCCUGGUCAUGAACAACAUACUGAUUCAGUCUCUGAAGCCAUAGAAUCUCCAGAAAUGUUGGAGCAUACCAUUAUAGCUGGAAAUUCAGUCCUAAUCCACCCUCAAGAACAAGCAGCCAAAAUCAGAAUGGAAAUAGAGAGACAAAAACAGAUAGAGCGAAUAGAGCAACAAAAACAGCAGCAGCUAAUUUUGCUUAAGCAAAUUGAAGAAAAGAGAAUAUGCUUAGAGGCAGAGUUCCUGAAGGUCCAAAUGCAGGCUCAGCUGGAGGAAAUAAAGAAAAAAGAGCAAGAGGAGAAAACUGCGAGUGUUGAGCUGCAUCCUGAUCCACUUAUGAACCAACAGAGGGAAGUGGAACAGAAGACUGAAACUGCUGCAGUGCCAGGAACUAGCAGUUCUAAUGAAGAAAAUGAUAUACAGAUGAUUCGUAACUAUCAACAAUGUCUUCUACUGCAAAACAGAUUGCACAAACAGUCAGUUGAAGAAGCCAGAAAACAGUUGCAGGAAUAUCAGAAUAAGUUGAAGCAAAGAUAUCCAUCUAUUUCUAUGCCAUUAGGCUCUGCAGUUACAUUGCAGUCAAGAUUUAUUAACUUAAAACCUACUACCUGUGAAUCAGUUUUACAAAUGUGUGGACCCACAGUGCUUCAUAGAGAUCAUCCAUCAGCUAACCAGUCAUCUGUACAAGAUCAUGUACAAGAAUAUGCUCCGCCAUUAAACACACAUUCAAGAACACAUUUUGUGUUGGAAAAGCCAUUUGAACAGAGAGAUGACGAGCAAAGGCAUAACAUGGGCUCUAGUAGACAGAUACAAUCUACAGAGGCCUCACAGUCAGAGCAAAGGCAGUUUCAUUUGCCACAACAGAAUUACCCUUCACAAGGACAGAUGGAAAUAUUGGGUCCUUCUGGUAAUCAGGUGAGAGACUUGUCAGAAUCCCAGAAGCUGCCUGGGUCAGUCAUGAUGACUUCACAAGAUGCUUCAGUUAUGAUGCAAACAGAGGCGCAUAUACAACGGGACAGUUCAGCUUUGCCCACAGAAGAGUCAUCAAGAACCUUGGGUCUUGAUAAAAAGUCAGUAAUGUCUCAGAGAAUGCCAAACCUACUAAUAGAGACAGAAACACAAAAACAGCCUCAGCUUAUAGUUCUUGAUACGGCAGCCUCAGAGGGGUCUCUGAUAGCUCAGGCUGCAUCAUUUGAUUCUUCAGAAUACCAGCAGGUACCUACAGAGAGCAGCAUAAAAACAACCUUUGAACAAACUCUCCCCCAGGCUUUUCAACAUCUUACUUCAUUAUUUCCUGAUGAAUCUGAGACGGGGGCAAUCCAGGAGUCCUUGGCAUCCAAAAAUGGAGGUGCAUCUUUGUUAAAUUAUUCCAAUAUACUAAAGUUAAGAGAGAGAGUGCUAGCUUCUUCAGAGAGCAUCCAAGCUCAGCAAGACCAUUUGAAAGAACUGCAAGAGCAACUGGAUGUACAAAGAGAAGCUCUUCUUUCUAGGCAGAGAAUGCAGGAAGAACUGCUUUUACGUAAGCAGGCUAUAUUAAAGGAACAGAUGCAGAGACAACAAGAGGCUUUGAAGGAUUUUCUUAAUAAACAGGCAGAAGAAUCUGUCACGUACAGAGAGAUGACAGAAACACAGAAAUCUGACCACUUCAAUCUGAUGACUUAUCUGUUCGAAGAUGCAGAAAAUAAAUCUCAAGAAGUUAAUUGUGGUGAUGUGAACAAAUAUGAAAAUAGAUUGCUUUCACAAAGCAUCAGUCAAGCUGAGCAAAUCGAACAGUCUCAAAGAAUUCUGGGAAGAGAACAGAGAUGGCGAACUUCAAAACCGCCUCUGGCUAAAAUCAAGUUAGGGCUCGAUUUGGAACAACAUGAACUAAGUGUAAUACCAGAGCUAGACACGCCAAGGAGUGACAAAGUUUCUUUUACAGAUAAGACAGAUUCCGUUGGUGGAGAAGCUUCUCUCAUUUCAUCUGUGGAAGAGCUAGUGUCUGGCAUGUGCAACAGUGAAUCGGUUCAUGAAGAAAGAGACUUAUCCAUAGCAAAAUUCAAAGAACAAGGUUCUAGUGAGAAUCCAAGAUACACUAACCAACUAAGUAGUUCAUGGCAUGAAAGGCUGAUGGUGGAUGCUAGUAGUUCACAUGAGCCAGCCAAACCCAAGGAUUCUGUUGUCAUGGGUCAAGAUUUACCAAUUUAUGCCGCUGACGUUGGAAGGGGAGUAAUUAGAGAUUCUGGGCCAUCAUUUAGACCUGAUAGCACGGUAGCACUUUCUAAAGGAUGGACAACCAGUUUUGCUCCACAGGCUUGUGCACGAGAGGCAGCCUGUGAUUAUUUGUCUUCAACAACAAUUUCCACUGGCAGUUUUUUAACCAGUGAAAAGUUGGACCUAAGCCCUGCUAACAGUGAGUUGUCGUCUUCAAAUAGUGCAGAGGAUAGGAUAUUAAGAGAAACAGCAAGCAGCCCUUGGGACUCGUCAGCAUCUCCAACACCUACCACUGCUCAGCAGAGGCAAGAGAAUUCUUCUGAAGUUUCUGAAUUUCAUCUGCCUGCAGAAGAGAAUUUUAUCUCUAAUAGAAGUCAAAUUCAGCAGAUCAUAGACAAAUAUACGAAAGAUUUGAACUGGUUACCUGAAAACAGUACAUCUUUCCAUGCUCCAUCAAUUGGACUCGAUUUUUCUGAUAUGGAAAGAAAUUUCCCUAACUUUCAACAUCAGCUUUUUCAGCCUUUGGAACCAAGUCCUGACUUUGAUAUCUCGUCAUCCCUUUCUCAACAUAGGAUUUCUGAAGACAGCAAAGAUUUUAGCAAGAGUUUAGCUUUCUCAAUCCAAAGUCAAGACACAUCUGUAUUUCCUGAAGCCACGCCCUCUAACUUGAAAGCGAGAAGUUACAAUCUGCAUUCUUUUCUUAAUACAAAGAAGCUAAACAAUACUACAUCACAAGCAGAAGAGUCAAUUAAGGCAAAUGUUACUCUGGCAGGUUCUGAAGAAUCUUUUCACCCUCUUCAGUUGGAAUCUACCCUGAAUGAGCACAGCCAGAGUACUGAACAACCAAUAGGUCUUCGCAUUGUAUUUGAACAAAAUUCUAAAAUUAAAAAAUCAGAGAAUGAGAACUACGUUUCACCUGUUGGAGACCAAUAUGAGGGUCUGGCGAGAAAUAUAGAGAAUACUAAUCUCCAGUCUUCAGUGGAAAACCUGCGGAGUCCAACUCUGAGUUCAUUGGAAGAACUGGGUUCAUUUUAUCAGCUAAUUACAACACAGAUUACAGAAAAUGAGACUCUCCUGACUGAACAUUCAGUAAAAGAAGUUGUGGAACUGAGUAAAGAGAACUUGUGUUUUGAAGAAUUACCUGUUGUGACACCAAAUAAGCACAAGGAGCUUGCUGAAACCCCAGUUCUUAGAAUUGAAGCAAAUAGGAUUGUGGAAGGUGACCAUUCACAGUGCAGUAAAAAUAUAUUGGAGGAAGAACAAAGCAUUCUAGAAGUUCAGAUGUCAUCUAGAAUGCCUAGAGCAAUAGACUCAGAAAUCUACAUCAGCCCUUCACAAGCAACUAGACAACAAAAUGGUGGUUUACCAGAAAUACCCCAAAACCAAAAUUCUAAUUCAGUGCUCACAAUAAGUUCAGGGUCACAUUCCUUACAAAGCCGUGUGCCUGUCUGGGAGACAGAGUCAGGGCAUGGUAUUAUGGAAGAACCUGAACUGACUCUGAUAAGCUCAAAUGACAUCAGUGUUGCAGAAUCAGACUCGGAACACAUUAGCCAAGAGAAAAAAAGAGAGAAUAAGUUUGAUAGCCUGGCAUAUGCUGGCCAUUCUGAACUUAAAAGUUGUUCUGAGGGGAGAGAAUUUUUACCUUUAGACCCAGAAGCAGAUUACUCUGUUUUCACGCUUUCUGACUACUCUGCAAUAGCUCAGAGUCCUAAUGAGGAUCAGUCUCCGUUACAUCAGUCUGCAGUCAUGUUGCUAGAGUUCACUUCCACACCAGGUAGUUUACAAGAAUCAUUUUUAAGGAGAAAGAAAAACUUCAUCCAGAAGUCCUGUAAAAGAGUAGAAGAAAUACAAAAGAGAGAGAGAAGUUCUGAACAGCCUCAAGCUAAGCUGUUUCAAAGGGACAAGACUGAAAGAUUUAACAUGCCAAAGGAGGAUUCUCCUACUUCUGGUGCAGUUGUCAGUCAAUUGAAGAAAGUGGGAGAAGUGAAAGUGUGCUCUCAAGAGGACAAAAGGUCUGCAGAUGUUCAAAUGCAGCAGCGCACUUUAAGACUUUAUAAUCAACUAGCUGAAGUGAAAAUCAGAAAGGAAGAAAAAUCAAGACAAGAAACCUACGCUAAAAACAGGGAAAAGGCUAAAGAGUUUCAGAAGAAAACAUUGGAAAAACUACGAGCCAAAAAGACACAUUGAACACUACAUCCUUUUAAGAGACUUCUGGGAAUAAAAACUCCUUGACUCCUUUCUCAGUUCAAUCCAAGGAAUUGUAUGAGAAGGCCAAAGUCACAUUAAGCAGUAUCAUUAUGUAACUGAAGUACUGAGCUUUGAGAGAGGUCAAAAAUUCAUAAUUUAAAUAAUGUAGCAACUUAAUUUAUUUCCUAGGUUUGAGUGAUCACCCCCAAAACUUGCCUAAUUACAGAUUUGGUCUGCCAGUUCAUACUCCCAUUUCUGCUUGUAUUAUGAUUCAGAUUAUUGUACAAAGGCUUUUUACAUUGAGGAUGGUCUGCAUUUAAAAGUGAAAGGUCAGCUGAAUCUUUUGAAUAAAGUUUUGUAAUGAAA